UAUUUUUUGUUGACACUUCAAUAUUUUUGUUUAAUUUAAUGUUAUUAUUUUUGGAAAACGUAUUUAUGUUGAUACCGUCGUGCAAAAUUAAAAGUUUUAUUAGUGAUGAUUAUGUUAAGCAAUUCUAUCUUCCUGCAAUUCAUACAAACUCGCGGCAUUAAAUACUCACUGGGAAAUUUGCACGCGCCCAAAACAAGUUUCUCCGCUGAAUUGCAGAAAACUCUCCACUCGGAGCAUAACUUUGCGAGUAUUCACAAACUCUCCAAGCUUGUCAAACGGCAUUGCCGGUGGCAUCGACGGCAUGAUCAAAGCAAGCGUAGCUACUUUAACUAUUUGCUUUUGGAUCCACGCAUAACUAGGGGUUUAAGGCUGCGAGCCAAAUGUAUGCAUCCACUUGAUGUGUGGCUUACAUUCCUGCGAGCAAUUUUCUAUGUUGGCAAAGGGAAAGCAGCACGUCCUUAUGCACACUUGCGGCAGGCGAAGAAAGUGCUGCAUGCGACCAACUCACAUGUACUGGCCAAGGAUCCCAAGCUGGCACUAAUUGUACAUCUUUGGCAACAGCAACGGGGUGUUUUAUUGUUGCGUGGGUUUCAUGGCAUUUCAUCGAAUGAUGCGCACAGUCGAGAGGCGGCCAUAAUCGAAGCACUGGGCAUGAAUCAUUUGACAAAUAGACGUUUGGGAGUUUACUUCGGUCCAUCGCUUUGCAAGUUUUCCAGCAAACAGCGAAAGCAAUUCGGUGUAGCAUUACUCCAUAGACUGCUAUCGAUGUACAUGAAGAUCGAAGAGUGCGAGCUUCAGCCGGAACUAGUGAAAAAAUCAAUCAGUCAUACUCAGUCAUAAUGUAGAUCAAUUACUUGUAAAUAAGACAAAAUCUUUUAUAU